AUGCUCAACUCGCUCGGCUGCGAGGCGAUCGUGGCGGCCAACGGCCUGGAAGCGGUCAACGCCGUCGAGCGACACUACGACGCCGGCAUUCGCGAGCACGCCGACGGGCCGGACCGCAAGACCGACGCCGGCGAACCGGCCUCAGAAAAAGAGAACGGCAGCGACGAGAGCAACCACGAGAAGGAAAGGAGAGCCAACCACAUCGACCUCGUACUGAUGGACUGUCAGAUGCCAGUGAUGGAUGGGUUCAAGGCGACGGCGAGGAUACGAAAGCUGGAGCGCCAGAUUGGCGAGCAACAGUCGGGAGACGCGGGAGCUGCGACGCCCCACAUCCCCAUCCUCGCGCUCACCGCAUCCGCCACGACUGAGUACCAGCAGAAGUGCGCGCGCCAGGGCAUGGACGACUUCCUCUCUAAGCCGCUGAAUCGGGCGACGCUGUCCAGAACGCUGGGCAAGUGGCUGCUCGGCGAUGAAGAGCAGGAGAAGCAAGCGUGA